GGUUGGGUUAUACGUCUUAUCAUUCUUGCCAAAAGAAGCCUGUUGUUUAGGCUUGAUCAAAGCCAAUCACCAAUCACCAAUUUUGUACCCAUGCAACGUUUGAGACCCUCUGUCUCUUACCUUGUUUCAACAGAUUUGGAAAUGGGGAGCUAUACGUUAUUAGCUCUGUCUCCUUCCACUCCAUUUCUCAAAACUUGGAAACCUUUAAAACGAAACCUUCUUCUUAGAUCCACCAGCCCUAGUUCUAAAUCAUCUAAAGCAUUCGUCUACUCAUUUCAUGGAACUGCUCUUUCUUCUUUACGUUCUGAAUCAAGUUUCAAUAGCCUUAGACCAGUUUCACUAUCUUUUUCGAAACCAAAAUCAAAUGACUUCAAAGUCAAGGCUGCCUCGGUUUCCGAAAGCGGCGACGAGGCCGAAAAGCCAGACGAUUUGGUGCGGACUUUGCAACUUGGGGGUAUGUUUGCGACUUGGUAUUUAUUGAACAUCUACUUCAAUUUCUUCAACAAACAGGUUCUGAAGGUCUACCCAUUUCCUGCAACAGUCACGGCUUUCCAAUUUGGGUGUGGGACUGUGAUUGUUUUGUUGAUGUGGGCAUUUAAUCUUUAUCCAAAACCAAAGCUUACUAAAUCACAGCUUGCAGUGAUCGUACCAUUGGCUGUGAUGCACACAAUGGGCAACCUUUUGACCAACGUUAGUAUUGGAAAAGUUGCUGUUUCGUUCACUCACACAAUCAAAGCUUUGGAGCCCUUUUUCACAGUUGUCCUCUCUGUUUUGUUGCUUGGGGAGAGGCCUACAUUUUGGGUAGUUUCUUCCCUCGUACCAAUUGUAGGUGGAGUGGCAUUGGCAUCAUUCACCGAGGCCUCUUUUAACUGGAUAGGUUUUGGCAGUGCUAUGGCUUCCAAUGUAACCAACCAAUCACGUAACGUAAUUAGUAAAAAGUUCAUGGUCAGAAAAGAGGAUGCGUUGGACAACAUCAAUCUCUUCUCAGUAUUAACAGUCAUUUCUUUUAUCCUUCUCGCUCCAACCGCCAUACUAAUGGAUGGCAUCAAAUUUAGUCCGUCAUACCUGCAAUCUGCUGCAAGUCAAGGGUUAAAUCUUAGAGAGUUCUGUGUGAGAGCUCUUCUUGCUGGGGUCUGCUUCCAUUCUUAUCAACAGGUUUCCUAUUACAUACUACAAAUGGUAUCACCAGUGACACACUCUGUGGGUAAUUGUGUCAAACGAGUGGUGGUCAUUGUGUCCUCGGUUAUCUUCUUCAAAACGCCUGUCUCAACCAUAAACACCAUGGGAACUGCUGUGGCACUUACUGGAGUCUUCCUUUAUUCUAGAGUGAAGCAGAUUAAACCAAAGCCAAAGAUUGCAUGAAUUGUAUUACCAACACUCUGAUUUUUUGAAGUCACUGACUACAAAUGAAAAUUCCAAUUCCAUUAGUGGUAAUUUUUGUUUUUGUUUUAUAUUAAGA